CUUGGAUACACCGACCCCACACGCCCUGUCUACAUCACCCGGUACCGCUGCGCAACCACCUUCGCCUCAUCCCAUCUUCUCAUCCACGCCACGCCGUUUGCCAUGUCGUCCAUCUGGAACCCUGACAACGUGCGCGAUGUGGCCGAAUCGGUGGGCUUGGCCUCGUUGACCGACAACGUAGUCGAAGAGCUGGCGCGCGACGUCGAUUACCGCCUCGCCCAGGUGCUGGAAGAAGCUCUCAAGUUCAUGCGACACAGCCGUCGAACCACUCUGAGUACCCACGACAUCUCAAACGCCCUCAAAAUACUCAAUGUGGAGCCUCUAUACGGCUACGAGUCCACUCGUCCGCUGCGGUUCGGAGAGGCUUCUCUCGGUCCUGGCCAACCACUCUACUACGUCGAAGAUGAGGAAGUCGACUUCGAAAAACUCAUCAACGCCCCACUUCCCAAAGUUCCCCGAGAGAUCACUUUCACAGCCCACUGGCUCGCCGUGGAAGGCGUACAGCCGUCAAUACCGCAGAACCCAACCGCCAGCAACCACGCCGAUAUGUUACCCAAAGGUCCCAACGCGAACCCGCAUAUCGCCGCCGCCAACGGCCUGGACAAUGUCAGCGUCAAGCCUUUGGUGAAGCAUGUCUUGUCCAAAGAGUCCCAGGAGUUAUUUGCCAAGUUGUCGAGCGCGCUCUUGGACGAAACAAAUCCUGAGUGGCAGAACGCUGCCCUGGCUUCCAUCCAAACCGACCCAGGUAUCCAUCAGCUUGUCACAUACCUCCUUGCCUUCAUAGCCGAGAAAGUCACCCACUGCAUGAACAACAUCUUCGUUUUGCGGUCUAUGCUUCAGGCCACGGAAGCUCUCCUCGCCAACCCUACUAUAUAUCUUGACCCUUACAUUCCGUUCAUGGUCUCUCCGGUAUUGACAUGUUGCACUGGGAAGCACGUGGGUCCGAGUUCACACGCAGCACCCUCCAAUGCAUCGUCCGAGACCUUAAAUGGCAACAAUCUGAAUGGCCACAGAUUUAGCCCUCAUCAACACUUCCAAAUCCGAGAGCUAGCCGCAUCCCUUCUGCACAAAAUUUGCAGAAAUUACGCCUCAUCCAACCAGAGUCUGAAAGCCCGUAUAGCCCGUAUAUGUCUCAAGUAUUUCCUAGACCCCAAUAAGACAUUGGGUACACAUUAUGGCGCAUUGCAAGCCCUGCGGCUUAUCACUGGGCGCGAAGGAACCAUGAUGCUCAUCAUGCCCAACUUGAGGAUCUACGACGAAGUGCUCAAAGAAGCAAUGGCGGAUGAGUCCAAGAAGCCCGAUGCUGACAGGGUUCUAGCUGAGAUCCUGUACGGUCUCGACGAAUUGGCACGAUCAAGGAUAUCGACACGAGCGAAUGGUGUUGUGGAUCUUGUAGGCCAGCGACAAAGCCUGACGGAGAAAGUGGGCGAGGUGGUGGCUGAAAGAAUAAUAGCGAGCGAUCGGACAGCCGUAGCCCAGGUAAUCAUGGAGGCCAACCUGAGGAUCUAA